AUGGUCACUAUUAUCGAGAAUAACGAAAGUUGCGAUUUGAAGACUGCACGCUCAGAAACAAUGCGUUCCCCUAAAACAGGAUCGGCAAAAACUAUGCUAUGUCGGAUUUGUUUCGACUCUGAAACGGAUGCUGACAUCUUAAUCAGACCAUGUGCAUGUAACGGGACAGUCGCAUUCGUUCACAACGCAUGUUUAGAACGUUGGGUCAGGGCAACUUCCAAUAUACAGUGCACAAUAUGCCAAAGUGAAUUUGAGCUGAUUCCAGCUGGACUAAAAGACUGGAAGGAUAUUUCAUUUCCGAGACCACUCUCUGAUCUUCCUGAGGAUUACAUGGAAUUCGGAUGUACCGUUGCAUGGAUGGUCUACAUGCUUCGCUUUGUAUAUGUCGGUUUACGCUAUGGCUCUCGGUCAAUGAUAGAAAACGUGGACAGUGCAAUUGGAACUGGGACUCUUCGCAGCCUCUGGUGGCUCUCGUUUUGGUUCAAUUUUCUAUAUUAUGGAGCCAUGAGUUUCGUUUUCUACGAAAAGUGGUUGCUGGAUAAUACAAUUUUUAAGUUUAAGGACAGAUGUGAUGAUCAAUAUAGUCAGCGAUCAGUUGCAGAACCUUCCUUGACGAAAUCACAGAGAAAGAAAUUGAGAAACUGA